AUGGACGAUGAGCAGAGCGGCAAGCGGCGAAGGGUUUAUUCCUUCCGGCCAAAUGAUAUACCACGUACUGGUUUCUCCUUCAAGUACAUUAGUUACCUUUUGCCGUCGCUUCUGAGGAUUGCUAGCAUUGGUUCCUGCCGCGGAGAUGAGGGAAAAGAGAUGAAGAAGAAGAUUGUGAGGUUCGAAAUCGACAUGGCAUUAGUGCUUUCGGUUGGCGAUGACUUCAAAUGGAGCCAUGCUUUAAAACAAAAGAUUCAUGGAUAUUCCACUUUGCUCUCAACCAUGAUACGAACUUAUCCAAAGAAUAUGUUUAGCUUCGCUGAGAAGCUACACCGCUCUUUCCCAUACCCUUCGGUUCAAAGAAUGCUUGUUGAUACUGGGAACCAAAUAAUCGUAAACCCUAACGCUAAGCCCAUUAAACCACACGUGAGAAGGAGUACUGCACUUAGGUUGCACAAAAGUAGUGUUAAGAAGUGGGUUAUGAGUAAAGAGAAAGAAGAUGUUAAUGAGUGCCUAGGAUUGUUGAGAAGCAUAAUACCUGGUGGGGAAGAGAUCAUGUGUUUGAGUGAGCUGGUCACUGAGGUGGAGAGUUAUGUGAGUUGCCUGCAGUUUCAGGUUGAAGUCCUCAGAGCUCUUGUCAGCUAG